GCCGUGAGUUUGAGUACUUUGAGAAGCUAAAGAGAAUGGUAGAACAUUUGCCUAAAGGGGACACAUAGCUUAGCUAAAAAAAAAAACGGGUGAUUCCUUUAAAGUCAUGUUGAUAUGGACUGAAAAAUGGUAUAUGGAGGUUACUUUGAUAGAGAACAUGAAGGCGGGGAUGAAUGAUUUUCCAGUGUAGUGUUUUAAGACAACGGUGUGAAUAGGUGGGGUGAUUCCUGUACAGUCGUUCAGUUCAUUAACUCCUCCUGUUGGAUUUCGUGCCAAGACUCGAGAAUAAUCUCGGAGACAGAUUAUAGCAAGAAGAAUGCAGCUCUAGUUACGUAAAAACUAAUUUGCAGGAAAGGCAAGACUUUUGGGCUACCGACGUCUGACUAUAUGCUAAUACGCUAAAGGAGAACCGCGCCGACAGACUCGUCUUGAUUUCUUCUACGUUCUUUUAAAAGUAAAAGACAUGAAGCUGGACACAAAAAACCACUCCUUUUCAUCAGAGUUGUCAACCAUGGCCGAGAAUGAUGUUGACAAUGAACUCUUGGAUUAUGAAGACGAUGAAGUGGAGAACCAGACUGCUGGGGAAGGCGCCGAUGUGCCUGCUAAGAAAGAUGUGAAAGGAUCUUAUGUAUCUAUUCACAGCUCAGGCUUCAGGGACUUUCUGCUUAAACCAGAACUACUCCGAGCUAUUGUUGACUGUGGCUUUGAACAUCCUUCUGAAGUGCAGCAUGAAUGCAUCCCACAGGCCAUCUUGGGAAUGGAUGUCCUAUGUCAAGCAAAGUCUGGCAUGGGAAAAACUGCUGUCUUUGUUCUAGCCACUUUACAACAGCUGGAGCCAGUAUCAGGACAGGUUUCUGUCCUUGUGAUGUGUCACAUCAGAGAGCUGGCUUUUCAAAUCAGCAAAGAAUAUGAGAGAUUCUCAAAGUACAUGCCUAAUGUAAAGGUGGCAGUUUUCUUUGGUGGUUUCCCUAUCAAGAAGGAUGAAGAUGUUCUGAAGAAGAAUUGUCCACACAUUGUAGUAGGAACCCCGGGUCGGGUCUUGGCUUUGGCAAGGAAUAAGAGUUUGAACUUGAAGCACAUCAAGCAUUUCAUCCUGGACGAAUGUGACAAGAUGCUAGAACAGCUUGAUAUGCGCCGUGAUGUCCAGGAGAUUUUUCGCAUGACCCCUCAUGAGAAACAGGUCAUGAUGUUCAGUGCCACUCUCAGCAAGGAUAUUCGCCCUGUCUGCCGCAAGUUCAUGCAAGAUCCGAUGGAGAUCUUUGUGGAUGAUGAAACAAAGCUGACUCUUCAUGGCUUACAGCAGUAUUACGUCAAGUUGAAGGAUAAUGAAAAGAAUCGGAAAUUGUUUGAUCUGCUGGAUGUCCUUGAAUUUAACCAGGUGGUUAUAUUCGUCAAAUCUGUUCAGAGGUGCAUUGCCCUGGCACAGUUGUUAGUGGAGCAAAAUUUCCCAGCCAUUGCAAUUCACAGAGGCAUGCCCCAAGAAGAGAGGUUAUCCCGCUAUCAACAGUUUAAAGAUUUCCAGCGUCGAAUCUUGGUGGCUACAAAUCUAUUCGGACGGGGAAUGGACAUAGAGAGAGUUAACAUUGCCUUUAAUUAUGACAUGCCUGAAGACUCUGAUACUUACUUACAUAGAGUAGCAAGAGCUGGACGUUUUGGCACAAAGGGUUUGGCUAUCACGUUUGUUUCAGAUGAAAAUGAUGCAAAGAUACUAAAUGAUGUGCAAGACCGAUUUGAGGUUAACAUUAGCGAGCUUCCAGAUGAAAUUGAUAUUUCUUCAUACAUUGAACAGACGAGGUAGCCUUACUCCAGUUGAACAGACGUGGUAGCCUUAUUCCAGAAUCGUCUGAGAUGUCUUGUUGGAAGUACUGACUGACACGUUAGAGAUGUCAGUUCCUCAGUCACACAAAGCGUUAUAUUAAUGCCUGUGCAUUGGUCUAUUUUGAAAUGUUUAGAUGAAUGUAAAUUAUGUUAAUUGGGUAUUUGUGUGUUGCCAUUUUUAUGUUCUAUGUGUUGCAUGGUUGUUUUGAAAAGAAAUAUCCCAACACACUAAUGGCCUGGUUUGCAUAUUUUGAGUUUUUUUAGUUAGUCAUACCUGGGCAGUUUCAUAACUGUCUGUCUUCAAAGAAAUAAGCUGUUAAAAUAAGAUUCGGCAUGAGCUGAGUCGUAAAAGGCCAGCAGUUCAGUUCUUGAAGUUCCUCCUUUGUACAAACUCCUUGUAAAUACUUGUCACAUUAGUUUGUAUGGUAAUUUUUAAAAAAAAUUGCAAACUGUUUCGUUGUACACAAGAAUUGCACUUGUAGUAAGCAUUUUGUAAAUAAACUUUUAGUCAUUUCUGAAAAUCA